AUGAGUGCUGAACAAGACUCAACAAUUAUAAACCUACUCUCGAAUGUUAAGAUUGCUUUACAAUUUGCUGAUGGUAAUUGGAUUACAUUUCAAACAGGUGGAGUUGAAUUAACCACAUUUACUGUUGGAUAUUCAGGUGUAACAUUUAAUGAUAUUCUGACUACAUCUUCAUUUAGUAUGAGUUGUGGUGCAAUCACUCAAUCAUCAAGUAAUCCAUUAGAAUAUACAAUGACAAUGACAUGGAUACCAAAAGCAUCUUGUUUGGGUAAAUUUCAAAUAAAAAUUAUUGGUCAACAAGGUAAUACAGAAUGUAUUACUUAUCUUGUUGGUACCAGUGCAUCUAAAUUUAUCUGUACAAGUUAUGUUAAUGGUAUUGCGGUAUGUACAAAGCAUAUGUGUUUCUAUUUGAUAUUAUUCCAUUGGUUUUUUCCAUUUCAAUAAUAUCCUAUAGGAACUGUUCUCUCUAAUCCAUCUACAUGGCGUGUGCAAUGUACUGAAGCAGUUAAUCACCGAUCAACUACAGCAUAUAUUCGAGUUUUUCUUCAAUCAAGUACAAUACCAGUACUGUUUUCAAUACAGUUGCUUUUUCUAAUAUAACUGGAAUGUCAACAUCAAGUAUCACAAUACCAUCUGUAUCAAUAACUACUAGAAUUCCUCCAGCAAGUUCGAUGACAUCAUAUACCGGUAAACUUUUGAUUCAAAUUGAUUUUUUUUGCAUCUACACUCAAUAUUACUAAGUAUUGGUCGACAGGUGUUGUCACAACAAUAACAAGUACAAUCUCUACUAGUAAGUUGAUUGUGAUCAUUGGAAAACCUUUUCAUUUUACAAUGAUUAUUUGAUUCUUAUCAGCAUCAACAACCGAUCAUCAUUGGUACAUUACUUACAACACCUGUUGUUGGAGUUGUUUCUUCUAUUGUUCUUUGUUUUUUCAAAAUUGGCACAAAGUAGUCUGUAACCAUUUAAUAUUUCAUUAUUGAGAAGAUGUUUACAAGAUAACAAAUUUAUCAACAUAAUUAAAACUUUGACAUUAAAUGAGUUUUUUGGGUGUGAGUUUGGAUUUGCUAUUUUUCAACUCAAUGAAAUUUUCAAAAUAUUCAAAUUAAUUUCUAUUUUUUGCUUAUGUCUAUCUUUGAUCAAAUUAAGCAAUCUUCGGUCUCUUCCAGCCUGAUGCUAACACAAGCAUUUCAACCACUUCUAUUGUGAAAAAUAAAUCUAUUAUUAUUUUUCAUGCAGAAAUUCUUGCUCCAGACAUUAAAUGGAUAACAAUUCUUCUAUCUUUUUUUUUAAUGACAGAAUAAUAAUCAUUAGAGGAUACUACAGAUCUAAUCAAUAUUUAUGAAAAGUCUGUAAUAACUUUCAGUAAAAGAACAUCUGAUUAUUGUUAUUGAUACACACAAGGGUGAUGCAUAGGUAUCAGAGAUUUUUAAUAGAAAAGUCUUUGUUGCAACAGUAUUAUGUUGCUUCCUAAACUUAAUAUCAGUUUACAAAUGAUUAUUCAUUAUAGUUUCCUGUGUAAUUUUCUUUAUUCUCAAUAAUGAUUUCGAUACAAAGAAAGAAAAAAAGAAUAUUACAAUUUCAAUAAGUUCUUUUUAGGCACAU